AUGGUAAACGACAAUACUUGGCCAGGGCUAUCCCGGAACAACUGCAGGUCUUCAAAGGUCUUGUCUUUCGUAAGAUUGCUCUCACUAUCGCCUCAUAAGCUUGGCCCAGAACUCACAUACUCGUCGUCCGCAGUCUUCUUCCCGAACAACAGCGCGUCUAGCCUUCGACGUCUGCGCAUCCAGCGCGCGCAGGACUAUGGUGCCUCUGCCGCAGAUACCUGGGGUGACCAUGUCACCCAUCUCAUAGUCGACAAGGGACUCACCUUCCACGACGUCAUGAAGCAUCUACACCUCGAGACGUUCCCGCCACAAGUUGCGCUCGUGGACGAAAGUUACCCCUCUGAGUGCGUCAAGUUUCGCUCCGUAUUAAACACCGCCCAGGUGCGGUUCCGCGUCACCAGUACACCUGUCCCUGCAGGAGAAAAAGGUUCUUCGUCUGUGGAAGAUCCUCCAGAGAGUGGGUCUUUGCCGCUGAAACCGAGCAGACGAGAGCUGCAGCGCGAGACGCAGUUACAACUCUCGCAUACUGAGGUGGAUGCUCGGGUUGUUGGGGGUCAGGUCACUGAGCGGCAGGCUAUCGAACAACAACCUGCUGAGCUAUAUACUGAAGAUCCGGUCAUCGAGUGCGUGGAAGACACAUUUGCUGUCUCCGAGCCUGUUCGCGAGAGGGAUGUUUUGGACUGUAUCAUCGAGGAAGCGAAGGCUGUGAAAGACCUGCCUCUAGACUCUGAUGAUGAACAUCCCAGUACGGCUGAGACAUCAGAUUCUGAGGAGUCUGAUUCGGCCGCCUCAUGCCGGAAGAAAAGGAAGAUGAGCGCACGUAGUAGUGAUGGGGCGCGAUCGGCCUGGCAGCAGAGUUUUGUAUGCAUGCAGAAGCAUGAUACAAAGGCCAAUGCUGAAAAUGCGAACAAUCGGACCAUCGCCGUCCUCCAGCAAAUGCUGGACUACUAUGAUCGAUCAGGUGAUCAAUGGCGCACGCUCGCCUAUCGCAAGGCGAUCAGUGCCCUUCGGAAACAUCCGAAGAAAAUCGCCACCAGAUCCCAGGCUCUGUCCCUGCCUGGGAUCGGCACGCGUCUGGCUGACAAAAUCGAAGAGAUUGUCUUCACGAACCGUCUGCGUCGGUUGGAAAACGCCAGCAGUACUCCCGAAGAUCGGAUACUGCAGGAGUUUCUGGGCGUCUAUGGCGCUGGCAUCACCCAGGCCUCGAGAUGGCUUGCUCAAGGCUACCGGUCGCUGGAGGACUUGAGAACUAAAGCGCCCCUUACUCCGAAUCAGCGGGUGGGCGUGGAGCAUUAUCACGACUUCGCCCAGCGUAUUCCACGGAACGAGGUUGAAGUGCAUGGUGAAAUCGUGCGGGCGGCAGUGCGAAAGGCCGACCCAGCGAUGCAGGUCAUCAUUGGAGGUUCCUACCGACGUGGUGCAUCCAGUUCAGGCGACGUCGACCUGAUCAUUACCAAGCCGUCCGCUACAAUCGAGCAGAUUCAGACCCUCAUGGUCGAGACCGUUGUCCCGGGGCUUUUCCAGCAGGGCUUUCUACAAACCAGCCUGGCAGCCACCUCCCGCGGGGAUGGAUCCAAGUGGCACGGGGCCUCGAAGCUUCCUGACGGUCGGCUCUGGCGACGUAUUGACCUGCUCUUCGUGCCCGGAUCCGAGAUCGGGGCAGCUUUGAUCUACUUUACCGGCAAUGACAUCUUCAACCGAAGCAUGAGACUUCUGGCCAGCAAGAAGGGCAUGCGGCUCAACCAACGAGGGCUCUAUGCGGAUGUGCUACGCGGACCCCAGCGGGUCAAACUGACGACAGGUCGGCUGGUCGAGGGACGCGAUGAGCGACGCAUCUUCGAGAUACUGGGAGUUCCCUGGCGGCCUCCCGAGCAUCGCAUCUGCUGA